UUUGGGUUUUUUUUUUAAAGGCUUUUUUUUCAGAUAUUUUCUGUUUUUUUUCUCAUGCUUGGCUCUGGAUCUGGUUUAGAUGAGACAUUUUUUUUGUCUAGUCAGUAAUUUAGGCCUGAUAUAUAAAAUUGGAAAUUGUAUGCUUUGACAGGAAACCACAACAAGGGGGCGUGAUACUAUGACUAAAUGUUUCAAAGAAAUAACUAAAGGAAAGUAACACCUCUCUUUCCCCCCAAGAUAAAGAUAUUGCUGUGAAACAAAACUAGAUGAAACAGCACAAUCUUUACUGGUGGGUUGAAGUUUGUAUCUUGUUUAUUUUAAAUUGCAGUCUGUACUCUUUUUGUCUUCGUUCUCUUUGCCUUCUUUUCAUGAUGUUUACACAUACAUUAAGGUAGAAACCAUGACAUCAAACUAUUCAACACCAGCCCCUGUCUAUGUAACAACAGCAGACAACAGCACAAAGAAAGACUUUUCUAGAUGUGAAAAAUUAUAUGAUAGUGAAAGUUUGCUGCUUUGUGCAAUAUUAAUUAUUUCUGCAUUAAUAUUGCUCAUCAUCAUAAUGGCUAUAACGUGGUUGAAAACGUAUCAGACCAUGAAGCGCAGCAUUAGGACUCAGCAGAACACACAGAAGCAGGCAACGUCUCAUCCAUUUGCUGAAACUGAUCGUUCAGAGCAAAGCUCUGAGUCUGAAAAAAUAAUUACAGUCCAGCUGGAACAAAAUGACAUUUCCUUCUCUGAAUUUAUGCAGAGUACAAUGCCAGCAACUUCUUCAUUUAACAAAGCUGAUCUUACUAUGCAUAAGCUCAUUAAAGCCGGAAAAAAAGGAAUGCUGUAUAAAGCAAAAAUGAUGCGUGGCACCAUCAAAGGCCACACCAUGUUUACGUGCAAGAUCUACAAUGAAGCUGCUGAACACAAGCAGGUCCAAACAGAGGUUAUGAUCAUGCGGAAUUUAAACACACACAUGAAUCUACUACAACUUGUAGACUGGGACAUCACAUGCGUGCCCUACAUGUUAAUUAUGGAAGAUGUAGAACAUGGCAGCCUACGUACCUUCCUUAAGGCAAAUAAGGAAAGGCUGUGCAAAGAUACAGAGCUACGGCAUCGCUUCACCAUUGCACUUUACCACAUAGCACAGGCCUUGAAUCAUCUGCACUCCAAAAUGAUACUGCACUGCAAUCUGGCACUAAGGAAUAUCAUGGUGCACAGAUUUCCUCAUGAAGUAAAAGUGGCUGAGUUUGGACUGUCCAGAGACAUAAGAAGAGGACGGAGCCUUUCAGGAAGCUGUAAGAAGAACAAGCAAGUUCCCUUUAGAUGGUACCCUCCAGAAUAUUUCAAAUAUGAUUUCUAUGAAUUUGAAGGAGAUGUCUGGGCUUUUGGAAUCGUAAUCUGGGAGAUGCAUACAUUCGGCACUAUACCAUACCCUUAUUUGAAAACAUCAGAGGAAGUUGUGAGAUAUGUAUGUGCUGGCCGCAGGAUCCGAGAACCUGAAGAGUGCAGGCCAGAAAUGCUUCAGAUGAUGAGAGCCUGUUGGCAGGAGCCAUACAUCAUGAGACCUUCCUUUUUGGAUAUUGUCAGUGAUCUGGAGAAAACUCUGGAAAAUGAUCGUGAUUAUCUGAAUAUGGAGAUCGGCACUGUGAUUGUAACGGUGGAGUCUGAAGAUGGAGAUUAAUUAUUAUGCCUAUUAUUAUGCUAUUAAUGAAUAAUUAUUAGGAUUUAAGAUCAAUUGUUGGAUGUAUAUCAUUCAAGACUUCAGUAGAUACAUGUAUAGGAUUGUUGGCCUACUCAUCAGAAGGUUGUGAGCUUAAAUCCCAGGCCCACCAAGUCCCCACCAUUGGGCUCCUGAGUAAGACCCUCAACACUUAAAUGUAUAAAAUGAAAUAAAAAUGUAAGUCGCUCUGGAUAAAGGCUUCUGCCAAAUGUCAUAAAUGUAAAUAAGCAUGUCAAAUAUUUACUACUACCUUUUGAUACAAAGCUCAUAUUAAGGAAACUUGAGCUGUCCUGGAAUGUCACUGUAAUCAAAUUGUAAUUUAAAAUUGUAAGGCUUUAACUUUUUAACUAUAUAGCAGUUUAAAUCAUUUCAUAUACAAAAGAUGUAUAAUAUUUAAUGCAUUAUGUUUAUACAGUAUAGAUACAAGAUGUUUUAUUAUGUGUUCUAUCAACGUUUAUUGAUCUGGCUAUUUGAGUGGAUAAAGCAACAAUUAUAAAUCAAUUGCUCAAAGGAUCACAAACUUGUGUGCAAAAAUAUUAUAUAUUAUAUAAUAUACAGUGUUUGUGUAGCUCAUUUAACACACUGUGAUUUGCCAUAAUUGUAUAAAAUAAUCAUUCUCUGACUCAUCAUUUGAAAAUGAAUGUCAGGCCUCUUAUAUUAUUUAGAGACUACUAAAUAUAAUUAUUUGUAGCAUAUAUUGUAUUAUAUCUUGUUGCAGUGUGGUUAUAUACUGUUAUAUACUGAAAUAUAUAGUUAUACUGAAAAAUGUCAUCUUUCUUUAUGA